AUGGCGACAAGGAGGAAAGGCACCACCAUCUCUGAUGAAGUGCGGGAGCUUCUCCGACUCCUGGAUCCUUCAGCUGCGGCGUCCUAUGAAGGCGCAGGAGGAGACAUCGUAGGUGGCAAAGGAACCAUGAAAGGCAUGUAUGAUGGUGACGAAGAAGGUAGUGGAGACACUGAGGUAGACAAUGAUGAGGGCACUGAGAACAAUGACCAUGAUACCGAAGAUACUGCCGGAGAGACAGAAGAUACCGAUGUAGACGACGAAAGCACUGAAUACACCGAUGGAAACUCUGGAGUCAAUGAUGAAGGCAUUGUUGGAGAAAAUGGAGACACCGAUGGAGACGCCGAAGACACUACGGGAGAGGCUGAGGACGCUGCUGGAGAGACUGGAGACACCGAUGGACAAACCGAGGACACUACUGGAGAGUCUAAGGAGGCAGCUGGAGAGACUGAAGACACCGAUGGACACACCGAAGACACUGCUGGAGGAGCUGAGGAGGCAGCCGGAGACGCCGUCAUUGAAGGAAACACCGAAAACGAUGAUGCAGAGACUGAAGAAGCCAAUGGGUAUUCCGAAAUCGUUGAUGGAGAAGACACUGAAGGUGCUGAUGUGGACACUGAAGUUGCUGAUGAGGACACUGAAGACAUCGAUGGAGAAGACACUGAAGGUACUGAUGUGGACACUGAAGCCAUUGAUGGAGAAGACACCGGAAACACUGAUGGAGACACUGAAGCCAUUGAUGGAGAAGACACCGAAAACACUGAUGGAGACACUGAAGCCAUUGAUGGAGAAGACACCGGAAACACUGAUGGAAACACUGAAGCCAUUGAUGGAGAAGACACUCAAGACACUGAUUGGGACACUAACGCCACUGAUGGAGGCACUGAAGAUAACGGUAUGGAAGGAGAAACUGAAGAAACAGCUGAGGAAACUGAAGAUAUGGAGGCAAAGGCUAAGGACACUGAAGGAGACACCAAAGACACCGAGAUGUCCUCAGAUGAACCAACAGAAAAGAGCGUGCGAGCUGCCAAGGACCCUGCAGACCUCAAGAAGACCUUGGCUAAAAAGAAUUCAGUACGAGGCGCCGGAGCACAUGGGCUUUCCGUUCAGAACCUUCGCGGUGGCGGUUCUUCAACAUGUGAGGCACCUGUGGACCUGUUCUUCCUCCUCGAUGGAUCUGGCAGUGUAAAAGCUGCAAACUUCGCUAAGGUGAAGCAGUUUGUGGUCGAUAUGGUCAAUAGUUUCGACGUCAGCCCAGCUGCCACUAGGGUUGGUGUUCUUCAGUAUUCUAACAGGAACACCCUGGUGUUUAACCUGGGAAACAAAGUGAACAAGCCGACUACCGUGAGCGCUAUUAACAGCAUCUCGUACCAGGGAGGCGGGACGAGAACCGGAGCUGCUCUACAGUACGUCCGUGGAAACGCAGCAUGGAGGAGAGGAAAUGUGCCAAAAGCACUGAUCGUGUUGACAGACGGAAAAUCAGAAGAUUCCGUGUCGGGACCCUCUCAGAGCCUGGUCUCGGAUCGUGUUGAGGUGUACGCCAUCGGUGUGAGCAAUUUCGAUCAUGAGGAACUCCUACAGAUUGUCAACAACAAACAGAGCAACGUGAUUGAGCUGGACGACUUCAACGCCCUCGCCACGAAGAUAGACGAAAUCGCCCAAGAAGUUUGCUCAUAUGCGACAGAAGAAGUCUAUGCCAAUUCCUUUGAGGUCCUGCGCACUGCCAACCAACAGUAUCGAGAUGUCGACUUCUUCGUCAUCAAGGCGAGGCUGCCAGCUGACGGUCUGUCUGCCUCGGAAAACUGGUGCAGGGAUUACCAACGUCUGUGUGCGCAGUACGGGCUGAGGCCUACCGGCUGUGGGGAACAAUACGCUAACAGUGGACACUAUGCCAAGUAA